UUGGUGGAGAUCUCUAUUGGUGGACCCUGAAAAUAACUAAGGAAGUUGUUGCUAUGGGGACUGGAACUAAAUGCAUUGGCCAUACAAGAAUGAGGAAAACUGGGGAUAUUCUCAACGACAGUCAUGCUGAAGUCAUUGCCAAGAGGAGUUUCCAGAGGUAUCUCAUCCACCAGCUGUGGCUGGCAGUCUCACACCAACAGGGCAGCAUCUUCAGCCCAGGGACUGAGAUUGGGAAAUGGAAACUCAAACCACACAUCACCUUUAUUUUUUUCUGCAGCCAUACCCCUUGUGGAGAUGCCUCCAUUAUUCCAAUGACCAAACCAGAGGACCAGCCUUGUGAGCUGGUUAGUAGAAAAGAUCCAACAAGUCAUUCAGCAGAUUUCAGUGGCAACCAUGAUCCUGUGGGUCCAGAAAAUAAAAGGAAAACAGAGGAAACUGCAAGUGAUCAUGUGACCAAGAGAAUGAAAACUGUCAUCAGUGAUUCUGCAUGUGAGGUCACUGAGAGAAUAGCUGUGCAGUAUGUUCCUGGCAAUCAACAAAACGUUCAAGACACAGAUACCAGCCGCUCUGAAUUUAUUACAGAUGGACAAAGAGAGAUCUUAACGUGUGCUAAGGAGACCGGACUAAUAGGAGCGACAGUGAUAGAUGUUUAUAGAACCGGAGCAAAGUGUGUGCUGGGAGAGAGGGAUGAUGCUCGGAGACCAGGGGUAGAAUAUCAUCAUGUUGGGUUACUACGAGUGAAGCCAGGCCGUGGAGACAGGACCUGCUCCAUGUCCUGCAGUGAUAAACUAGCUCGCUGGAAUGUACUGGGCUGUCAAGGAGCCCUCUUGAUGCAUUUCCUACAGCACCCAGUGUAUCUCUCAGCGAUUGUAGUGGGGAAAUGCCCAUAUAGCCAAGAGGUCAUGCAGAGAGCAGUUAUUGAAAGGUGUCAGCACAUGUCAUUUUUACCUGAUGGUUUCCAUGUUCAAGAGGUGAAAAUGUUGCAGUCAAAUCUUCAGUUUAAACAUAGCCACCAUGCAAUUCAGACAGCUCACGCUAAUGGCAAAGCAAAGCUUGUUCCUUGUGGUGCAGCUAUCAGCUGGAGUGCUGUCCCUGAGCAACCUCUAGAUGUCACCUCAAAUGGCUUCAAGCAGGGAACAACAAAGAAAGGAAUCGGAAGUCGCCAGACCAGGGAGAAGAAGUUGGAGACCUACUGUGAGUACAAGGAAGCUGCAGCAAACUAUCAAGAAGCUUGGAAAGUGCUGCGUAGCCAGGCCUUAGGAGCCUGGGUCAAGAAUACCAAGGAUUACCUGCAGUUUACAUAAAAUGGCAGCUGUGUGAGCCCAGCAUUGAUGGAGCCUUCAGACACAGAGUGGGAGAUGUUCCUUUAGAAUGUGAGCCAAAUUCUGGCUGUCACUUGAAGGCAGCACCUUGUCUCUAAGGCCCAACUGUUUAAAGGGAUUUGAGUCAUUGCAAUGAUUCACUGACUUAGGCGACUAAAUCCCAUUUUCCAAGGGAGCAUGGGAUUUAGGCUGAGCACAGCAACACCUCAGCACCUUUAAAAAUCUUAGCCUGAGCUCUGAGGGAGGGGGAUAGAAAAGGGAACUUGUUAUGGCUGCUUGUUUAUGUCAUUCUUUAUGAAAAAUAAAUUAGACCCCAGUGGGCUUGGGUGGUCAUUUCUGAGCUGCAUGUACCAUGGCAUAUGUCAAGGCUGAAUCCCCAUUCUGGCACUUCAAGUGCAGAAGGUGGGGCCCGCAAGGAUUUUAAAAAUUAAUA